GGCGCCAUUGUAAUGAUGAAGACAUCAAGCAAAAAGAAAGCCCGGUGGGAGCAGGAAAUCUUCACCAGGAAAGAAGAAUCUGAGGUAUCUUGGCGCUGGCGGCGCUGAAGAUGGAGGAUGUGGAGGAGAGGAUUCGCUCCCCGUGGUUCAGCAGCAUUUGGGAGUACAUGUGAGAAAGAAUUCGCCGUAAGGGGUGGCCCAGCCGCUGUUGUCGUUGCGGAAGAAUUGGUGUCCUCUGGUCAGUUGUUGUAUUGUCCGGCGUCUGUUGGACUGGAGUUACCCCAUUUUGAUUUGUCGGCGGCCUGUGCACCUCACCUCCGGCGCAACCAGCUCAUCUAUGGUGGCUCGCCACCCAUCCGACUGGUAGCUCGCCCGUGGGCGGAGAAAGAGGUGAGAGCGACGGUGAGGGAGGGAGAAAGUGAGAGAGCAUCGAGAAAAGUAUUUAGGGUUUUGGGUGAUUAUAUGAAAAAUUCAUAUUUCAAAAGUAGUAAUUAGGUGUUGUUAUUAUUUUUGUUCCAAAACUAUCCCUAAUUAAUCAUGACGGUCAAUUAAAAAAUGGUGAGAAUAAAGGGUGGAGAUAUAAGUAGCCACCAUGGCUACUAAAAAACUAAUAAUCAUGCUAAUGCAUUCUCUUAAGGUGCUAUUAUUUAUUUUUAAUAUGAUAUUAAAAUUUUGAUGGAUAAAGACAUGCCAAUGAUUUCUUUUAUGACAGAUGGCGAUGUUAGUGUUUAUGCUUUACAUAACAGUCGUGUGGCUAGGUAUUUGGACAGGGUUGGACUUAUUAUCAGGCUUUGUCUACCUUACGAGUUGAAUAUGAUCUUUUAUCUGCUUCUUUGUUGUCUGUUGUGGCCUCAGAGGAGGUUCUGAAGGAGAGAUCCCGUGCUCGCCAUAUGCAAUUUCUUAUGAAAUUACGUCCGGAGUUUGAAGCUAUUCGCGCUUAUUUGUUGCAUCGCCAGGUUGGGACCAUUGUUGAAGCUCUUGGUGAACUCAUUCGCGAAGAGACUCGACUCCGGAGUCAAACGCAGCUUGAACAGUCGGGGUUUGGUGAUUAUGCAUUUGCUGAGGUUGACCAUAUUCAACCCCAUUGCAAGCGUCGCAAUGAAUGUAUAUAUUGCAAGAGCUCGGGACACAUAAUUCUGAAAUGUAAGUCUCUUGUUCGCAAAGGCAAGUCUGGUGAUUAUUCUUUGUCAGGGAGUUCUCGUACUGUUAGUGGCUCACGUGCAACUAGUGGCGGUCGAGGCGUUGGUGGCUCGAGUUAUGCGAUGGAGGUCACUCCUUCUGGUUCAGCUGCUGUCGCAUCUGGUACGGCUCUUACUGCCGAGGUUGUUCAUUGUUUGGUUGCUGAAGUUCUACAAGAGACUUUACCCGUUGCCUUGACGACUGCCUUUGCUAUGGGGGCUCUUCAGGGAGGGUGAUAAGCAGGGGUAAGAAGGAUGAUUGCGUGUUCAUUCUUGGUGAUUGUCAUUAGAGAUGUCGUUACCUGGUGGGACGUCGACAUAAAGAACUGUUGUGGCCAGCUCUUCUUGCUGCAUAGUUUUGUUAAUAAAUCUCCCCAUUUUGAGACUAUAGUUGAUGGUUUGGUUUCUGCUAUAAAGCCUCGUGGCUCUUUGAAAUUUUCUAAACAGAAUACUAUGUGGGAUUUGUGUCAUUGUCACCUUGGUCACCCUCACAAGACCAGAUUGUUGGAUAUGUUUCACAGUAAUUUACUUCCUGGAAAGUUGGAUUGUCACUUGGUUUCUUCUCAUUCCUGCAUCAUUUGUCUUGAAGCUAAAAUUUCACAGUUGUCUUUCUCUUCUAGUGAGACGGUAUAUAAGGAACCUUUUGAGCUUGUUCAUACCGAUCUCUGGGGUCCUUCGCUUGUCCCGUCUCGCAGGGGAUAUCGCUACUUUGCUCUCUUCAUCGAUCACGCCACUCGGUUUGCCUAGAUUUAUUUUCUUCGUAGAAAAUAUGAGUUGAUCACUCAUGCUCGGCACUUUGUUCAGAUGGUGUUGACUCAAUUUGGUAAAAAGGUGAAGGUCAUUCGGUCUAAUCCCGGUGAGGAAUUCAGUUCUCACCCAUUGCUUGAGUUUUAUGCUUCUCACUGGAUUUUGCCUCAACAGUCUUGCCCAGGUGUUUCUCAACAGAAUGGGCUAGUUGAACGUAAGCAUCGACAUGUCUUAGAACUUACAUGUGCCCUACUCUUUCAUUCUCGUAUUCCGAGUGUUUUUUGGGUUGAAGCGGUUAGUACGAUUUUGUACCUGAUUAAUAGACAGAUUACUUCUGUCCUUGGGUAGCCGUCUCCUUUUCAGCUUCUCUAUUCUAAACUUCCUGACUAUUUGCGGCUCCAAGUGUUUGGUUGUCUAUGCUUUGUGUUACAUCCGAAGAAAGCAUGUGACAAGCUAUCUCCCAAGACAGCUCGUUGUAUGUUUAUUGGAUAUAGUAGUCAACACAAGGGGUAUUUGUGUUAUGAUCACGUCGCUCGUCGCAUGCAUAUUUCAUGUCAUGUCGUUUUCCUUGAGCAAAUUAUGUAUUGCCCCUCCUCCGAUCACCGGGAUCACAAAGACAUGGAUUUUUUGCGGUCGUUACCAUCGUUCGUUCAGACUCCUGCUGUUCGGGAUGGCGCGUUUCAGGGAGGGAAUGGUAAUGAAACUCGUCAAUCCCUCUCAUUGUUCAGCACAGGUAGUCCAUCUAAGGGUUCGGCAGAAUUGGAUGGCUCUUCUUCGCAUAUAGGUUUGGAGGAAUUGAAUGGCUCCUCCUCGCCUUUAUUAGACUCGCCUGUGCACUCGUCUUCGUCCGACUCAGCUCCAUAGAACUCGGCUUCGCCUCAUUCUCCCAACCAAGGUACUUCGUCUUGUGAGUCAUCAUCAUCAUUUACUAGAUCUUCUUCGACUUGUGGUUCUGCUGGUGGUUCGAAUGGUGCUUUGGGCACAACACCUCAUUUUCCUGAACUACGCAGGUCUUCGCGAGCUACAAUGGGACAGCCACCGAAAAGAUUAGGGGAUUAUGUGGGUUUUUCAGGAGAGCCGAUACCCAUUCCAAAUCAUUACCGAUUUUCUAAGGGUCAUAUAAACUGGGAAUCUGGAAUGAAGGAAGAGAUGCGCGCUCUUGAAGAAAAUGAUACGUGGGAAUUGGUUCCAAGAGUUCUUGCAAGUUCAGUCAUAGGUUGCCGUUGGGUUUACACUGUGAAGAUGAAGCCAGAUGGGUCUCUAGAACAGUAUAAAGCUAGACUUAUUGCUCAGGAAUUUUGACAUGAGUAUUGAAUAGACUACGAUGAGACGUUUGCACCUGUUGCAAAGAUGUAAACAGUACAGAGUGUUCUUACUGCCGCAACUAUGAAAAAGGGGCAGAUUGUUCAGUUUGAUGUGAAGAAUGCUUUCCUCCAUAGAGAUUUGAAAGAAACGUUUUACAUAGAGUGUCCAGAAGGCUAUGAAAAUGGAGCACCAGGUAUGAUUUGUAAAUUGAAAAGAUCAUUGUAUGGCUUGAAACAAGCACCAAGGGCAUGGUUUGAGAAGUUCCAUAGUACGGUACUGCAAUUUGGAUUUGUUCAAAGUCAAAAUGAUCUAUCGAUGUUUACACGAUAGAUAGUAAAUUGUAACACAGUGU